AUGUUUUUUGCGCCUUCUGUAAUUGUUUUUUUUUUGCCCCCCAUUUUGCUCAAUUUAGUAAGUACCUUCCACAUCAGCAAAGUAGCCUCAACUUCAUUUCUAUCUCGAAAAGGCACUCUUCGAAAUGUGAAUUCAGGGGAGGAACAAAUUAUUCUUUCUAGGAAUUCGCAGAGACAUUACAACAGUCAGCACCCCCAAAGGGUGGAACACUUUCUAUGCAAAAAUGAAAAAGUAGAUGGCCAAAAUGGAGGGACAUGUUUUUUUAAGAAGGACCAAACGUUUUCCAAACUACUUGUCCACCCAACCCUAGUUGAAGAGUUGAAAAAAAAUAACAUUACCGUCCCGUCACUCAUUCAGUUCGACCUGUUACAAUAUUAUAAUAAGUACUUCCCCAUGCUGCGAAAUAUUAUCAUCGGUGCUGAAAAUGGGAUUGGCAAAACUUUGUCUUACAUCAUUUUCGUUUUGAAUCACAUCUUGAAGCAAUCCAACAGCAACAACAGAGUCUUCGUCUUGAUUUUUCAGUAUAGCGGAUUGCUCACUAGGCAGUGCUUCCAAAUCGUUCGACGCCUCUCCAGAAACGUCAAGGUGAAAAGCACCACCCUGAACAAUACCCCACUAACCCCCGUGAACCUCAACCCAAACGGAAGCCUCAUUCUGAUCACCUCUCCCGUGAAGUUCGCCACCUACAUGAAGGAAAACGUAGACGCAGUAACUCCCUUUCUAAAAAACCUAGAUUUUCUCAUAAUGGACGAAGUGGACGUCAUGUUCGAAGACCCUUUUGUGAAACACAUCAAAGCGCUUUACGAACAAAUGAGCAAAUUAGCAAACACGAAAUACAUCUCCAUAGUAACUUCCUCUACCCUAUCCAAUAAGGGAAAAAAGUCCGUGUACCAAAACAUCAACAAAUAUGUAACAAACGCCGUUUUGAUAAAGACCAACUACCUGCACAAUGUACACCCCCUUGUGAACUACCACUUUGUAAAUCUGCCCACCUACACUGUUAGUGAAAAAAUAAAAGCCAUAAAAAGAAUCAUGUCGAAGGAAAAUUACAAAAAAGCUCUCAUCUUUUGCAAUACACUUACCAGCUGCAAUAACGCAUUUAGUCAGUUGAGCUCCCUUUUUGAGGACAUCUACCUUUUCAAUUCAUCUUUAAAGAAGGAAGACCAGUUUGCCAUUCUUGAUAUGUUCAAGAACUCAGAGAGGUGCAUUCUCGUGACCACCGAUAUUAUUCACAGAGGGGUGGACAUCAAGGGAAUUACGCACCUGUUUCACUUGGACGCGCCCACCAACAUUGUGGUUUACACGCAUAGAAACGGAAGAAUCUCCAGGGGAGCCAGCACAGGAGACAUAUACCUUUUUAAUGACCCGGACAACUUGGUAACGAAAAAAAUUUACCAGCUUCACAAAAAAAACGUCAAAUUUGAAGACAUUUUUAGCAGGAAAAGGUCUUUGCGAAAGAAUUAUAAAAGGGACUUAAAAAAAUCAAAGCAGGGGGAAGGGACAGCGGGGCAGAAUCCCCAAAGUUCUACGUAA